CACGCCGCCAACGUCCGCGAGAGGAAGAGGAUGCUCAGCAUCAACUCGGCCUUCGACCAGCUCCGCUGCCACGUACCCACCUUCCCGUACGAGAAGCGCCUCUCCAAAAUCGACACGCUGCGGCUGGCCAUCGCCUACAUCGCGCUCCUUGGCGAGAUCCUCCUCUCCGGAUGUGAUCCCAAAUCCUACGUGGAGCAGAGCCUGAAGAACGGUUUGCAAAGCCAACAGCGGGCGACCUGGAAGACAAGCGGUGAGUGA